GCCGCCGCCUCGGUUCUGCUGCGCUCCGGGGUUUUAUGCACCUGUCCGGGCUCCUGCUCGCCCUGGAGAAAGAAGAGAAGGGAGCUGCCUCGGCCAUGUGCUCGGUAAGCGAGGCCGGCAGCACCGACCCCUUGGUGACCCGCUUCAGGCAGGUGGAGGAGACGCUGGAGAAGCUGCACCGGGAAAACAGGAGCUUGAAGAAUAAAGUGCCUCGGUACAACGCGCUCUGCACCUUGUACCACGAGUCCGCGCAGCAGCUGAAGCACCUGCAGCUGCAGCUGGCGGCCAAGGAGGCGACGAUCCGGGAGCUGCGGGGCAGCCUGGCGCGGCAGCGGGGCGGGGAUGCGGCGGCGGGCGCGGAGCCGGCCCGCUCGCUGGUGGAGAGCCUGCUGGAGCAGCUGGGGCAGGCCCGCGACAGCGAGCGCCUCUCGGCGCGGAGAGUGGAGGCGCUGAGCCAGGAAGUGCAGAAGCUGAAUCAGCAACUAGAGGAGAAAAAUGGAGAGAUACAGCAGAUGAUAAAUCAGCCUCCAUAUGAAAAGGAGAGAGAAAUCUUACGACUGCAGAAGACUUUGGCAGAGAGGGAGAAGGCUCAGGCCACCAGUGAUGUUUUGUGCCGUUCACUCACUGAUGAAACUCACCAACUUCAGCGCAAAUUAGCAUCCACAGCAGAAAUGUGUCAACAUCUGGCAAAAUGUCUAGAAGAGAAGCAAAGAAAAGAGAAGGGGAAUUCAGAUGACCAGAUACCUACAGAAAGAUCUAAUCAGCUUUUAGACAAUGAAACUUCACUUCAAGCUCUUAUUUGCAACCUACAAGAGGAAAACAGGAUGUUAAAACAAAAAGUAGCUCACGUGGAAGAUCUAAAUGCCAAGUGGCAGAAGUACGAUGCGAGUAGGGACGAGUACGUGAAGCGACUCCACUUGCAGCUGAAGGAGAUGAAGUCACAGCUGGAGCAGCACCACAGCACAACUCCAGCACAGAGGAAUUCUGACCUGAUGCACAAGGAGAUAUUCCGCUUAAACAAACUGCUGGAAGAAAAAAUGAAUGAGUGUGUAAAAACCAAGAGAGAGCUGGAAGACAUGAAGAAGGCUAGUGAAGGGGAUAAUGAGCGCAUACAAAUGCUGGAGCAACAGGUCCUGGUUUAUAAAGACGAUUUCACAUCUGAGAGAUCAGACAGAGAACGAGCACAGAGUAAAAUACAAGAACUUCAGGCAGAAAUUGCAUGUCUGCAACACCAGCUAGCAAGAAGACAGGACUCAAGAGACACAAGUAGUCAUUUCAGAGUUCAUGCUGGUAACCAAAAUCAUUUGUACGUUCAGACCAAUGUCGAACACCUACAAGGCAACAGCCAGGCCAGACAGGCACGAGAAGAACAAACUCACAGUCGGAACAAGCUUCUCCUCCUGGGGACAAUGGAAACUUGGGACCUGAAGGCAGGGCACAGGGUGAACUCAGAUGCCCUCAUUGCAUGAGGUUUUUCAGUGAUGAACUCAGUGACGAAUUCCUCAAGCAUGUUGCUGAAUGUUGUCAGUGACCACAGGCUGGGAGGGGUGUAAGUCAAUCACUACUUCUAUAACAUAAAACUUGCUCUUUACGUAUCUCCUAAAACAGAGUAAUUCAAAUGGAGAGCUCUGGGGAAUUAGGAGGAUGAACAAUAUCUACCUCUUGCUUGGUUUUGCCUUCUCUUGGACUGUGUGAAAGGCUUCAAGAGAAAGCAAAGUGUUUUUCUGAAGAAUUAUUUUUGACAGAUACGAGGAAGGCAAUGGAGACUCUACUACAAACUAAACUGAAACCUACGGUGGUAGUUUAGCUUCAGAGUGCAGUUUGACUUUAUUUGGGUCUAAUUCUCUACCACAGUCUGAUGGCUUGCGAAAAAAAAUACUGAAAUUGAAAUUUUCCUCCUCUUCCAAAAAAUGUAGGCUGAAGAACAGGAAGGAAUAUUUUGGCAGAAGAUAGGAAAAAUCUUACCGUGCUUUAUGUGGAUUAAAAGCGAAAGUAUUUUAUUGACUCUUGAGGCUGAACUGUCAGACAUCUCAUCUGAAAAUCCUUCUGUUUAACUGAAAUCAGAAGUGAAGAAAACAUAGAAGGGCUGGUUAUUGACUAAAACUAGCCUGCCUGUUUUGCACAGAAACAAGGUACAGGGAUAUUUAUAUUUUCUGUGCCAUAAGUAUCUAUCUUACAGAUUUGUAAAUGUAUGUUUGUGUAAUUAUUGA